GUGAAAGGGUAGAGCUUAAUUUUAAUUUAAGCAAAAGUCAAAUUGCAAUGUACAGCCUGGGCUUAGGCUAUAAAGAGAUGCCACAGGAAUGUACCGAUUGAUUUGAAGACUAAUACAAAACUACUUGCAGGCCCCACUAGAUGCUGCACUUUCAGCAUUGUUGUUACCUAAGAAUCGUCGUGCUUUUGGUCUCUUUGGGAGGAAAUGUUUCCACAAAAAAAAAAACUGAUUCUUCUUUGUUUUCUGCAGAUCAGCAUUGAGAUGAGGUGAACACAAACUACGCCACGACUGCGUUACAUUAAAAUGACACGAACAGACCCACCUGACAUACUCGUGUCUACAGUUUACCAAGACGUUAAGGUGAGCCUGAGCACUGAUUCUCAAAUCUGUGGUUCACCUGCACAAUGUGACAGCUUCAUGUCCAACCACAAGGACCUCAGUCAGCCACCAUUCAACAAAAGGCACUGCCGCAGCUUCGACUUUCUUGAAUCUCUAGAUGACCAGUUAACCAACGCUCCAGCCAUGGAUGCCUACCAACGAGGAGCUCGCAGGCGUGCUGACACACCAGAACCAUCAAAUCAACCUGUAGUGAGGAAGUCCACUUCCAGGGCUGACCCACAAUACACUUCUCAGGGGGUGGACACCUCAAAGGAAGCAGGAAAAGAACCAAGGAGACGUCCAAGAUCAAAGAGUGCUCCAAGAGUCAAAACCGCCUUCACCUCAGUUCCCAUACAGAUGUCUUCAUCACAGUCCCCACCACCCACUGCCAGGAGAGGCAGGGAGGCUGUGAGGGUUUCAAGAGAGCCCCAGAAAUCUGUAGCCUCUCCAAAACGAGAAGUCACAUAUGCUCCUACCAAGGUAUUAAUGAAUGAGGUCCAUCCCAUAAAAUUACAACCCCAGCGCAACAGUGCAAGCCGCAUCUCUCCAUUGUGCAUUAGCAAUAACUGCAUGGAAGAACCCCAAGGUGGGAAGCCAAUCUCAAGUCCCCAUGUGCGUUGCCGGGUUGACAUAAAGCCUGAUGAUGCCGUUAUUCAGCAUGCUGCUUAUGCUUCAAAACCCAACCAGGCUUGGGGGGAGGCUCAGCAUUUUACAAGGCAGCCAGGCACCCCUAGGAGCUUAGCAGUGCCAAAUGCAAGACUGAUGUCUGUGUCUCGCACACCCACACCUAGUGAUUCCUACAGUGUUGAUCCAAGAAUGACCCACUAUGCUUGCACUCCAGGGCAGGAAAUGUAUGGAACUGAUGCGCGAGGAAUGCCAUACCAAAGUGUUGCUUCACCAAGGGAUUUUUCACAGUACAGUACCCGGGACUGUGGACAAUAUGUCAGCCCCACCAUCCCCACUGCUUACUUUUACACUGAGGAAGAUGGCAACUUUAGCCAAAUCCCUGUUAAACCAAGGGGAUAUUAUCCUCGUCCUUAUCCUGAACCUGGGGUUCCCACACACCAAUAUUAUGAAGAAAAUCCCCUUGUACAACCCAGAGCCUACUAUAUAGAAGACCCCAGAACGUAUCCUAUCCAGGAAGCUUCAUUAAGGACGUUUUAUAGUGAUGAUCCCCGUUUUUACCCUCCUCGUACUGCCCAAGCCAAAAGUCUUUAUAAUGAAGACAUGAGGUCUUAUCCACUCCAGAGUACAUCGUCAAAACUUUAUUACUCAGAGGAUAUUGCAAAAUAUUCUGAAAGGGAAGCGCUAUCUAGGACAUAUCCAUAUCCCAGAACUACUCAGCAGCCUCUUCAAUUCAGUGAAUGGUAUUUUCCUGAUCAAAGUCCAAUAUCUUACCAAACCAUUCAAAUGCCAUCAUUUCCCACACAAACAGCAAGUAGAGAAGCAAUGUUAUCAUCUUGGCAUGCUUCUUACAGCAUGAACCAGCAAAGACUUGGGACUGAUUCCAGAAACUAUUCCAGGUCUUGGGACAACAUUUUAAACACUGGUGGGCGCAAAGAGGACCCACUUUCACGAGGUCGCAGCUAUGAAAACCUGUUGUGCCGUGAACGAUGUGCCUUAUCGCCAGAUGAUAGACGCCAGCCUGUGGUUGUUAAUCUUUCCUGCUCUCCCAAGCGCUAUGCUGCCCUCUCACUCUCAGAGAACUCUAUUUUGGAGAAAGUCCAUACAGAUGGUGGCACUGGGAGGUACACCAUGGGCCGAUCUUGGUUUGUUACCCCAGAGAUUACCAUUACAGACAAUGACUUGAGAGCUAACGGAGUGGGAAGAAAUGAGCGCCGCUCUGCUAGCUGGGAUGUGAUAGAUUCAGGAGUCUCUCCACCCACCUAUCCAACACAUGUCCCCUACCCUACCAAAGAGAAGAUGACAAGCAGGUCUUCCCGUCACCGCAGCCUGGAGCAACUUGAUGAACUUAUUGCUGAUCUAGUGAUAGAUUAUAAACCACCAUCAAGCCGUCGUCCUAGUGAAACAGAUGCAUUGGCUGAUCAGUUGAGGAAGCUUAUUAAGGAAGACAUGAUAGGGAUACCAAGAAAACCAGAGUCCUAUGGGCAGAUGUCUCAUCUUCUUCAAAACCACCCCCUUAAAGAACAGCCAACUCCCACCUUCCCUGAGUCCCACAGAGGUCAGCGAAGGGGUGCUUUCCCUGAGGUGCCAGUGUCAAGUCCUCAUAAGCCCUUAGAGGACUGUUCACCAGAUCUCAGUGCCGACGAAGAUGACCUAUUAACCUGUUCUAAUGCCAAGUGCAGACGCACUGAAACUAUGUUUAAUGCUUGCCUCUACUUUAAGUCUUGCCAUAGCUGCUACACCUACUACUGUUCCCGUAACUGCCGACGAGAGGACUGGGAUAUACAUAAAGAAAGCUGCAUCUAUGGGCGUAUGGGCAGUGUUUGUCGACAUGUGCUCAAAUUUUGCAGAGAGAACACUGAGGUCCACAAAGCCUUCUCUCGAAUUGCCAAGGUGGGCUAUCUGUCCAGAGGAAGGGGGGUGCUUUUUCUUGGCUUCCCCAAUCCAGGAUCUGCAGAUAAUUUUCUUCAGUUAGGACUGGAGGGCCUGCUCAUGUCUCCCACCUAUCUGUCUCUGAGGGAACUUGAGAGCUACUCAGAUAACCUCGGAGAACAUGCCAAGGAAUUGCAAAUAGCUGGCAAUCAGUAUGACCCUGAGGAAUGUUUCAUAUUGAAUGUAACUGUGGCUGUGGGACAAAGUGGCCAGGAUCGGCUGUCGUCCAGAGCCCACCAUGUACCCACCAUCCGCAAGUAUGCCAAAAUAGCCUUAGCCUCUUCUAGUCCAGAGAGGAAGAUCACAAAAAAGGAAAAGGACAUGGAGACUCUUAUACUUACCCCACCUCCUGGAACCGCUGAUUUGGAUAAAGAUGGGGAGGAGGGUAGGAAAGCCAGGGAAGUUUGCUUUAUACAUAUCCAGAGGGAACUAAGGAUCAGGGGGGUCUUCCUACGCCACGAGUAUCCUAAGAUCUACCAGCAGCUGUGUGAGUUUGUGGAGAACAAUAAAAGAUUUACACCCACGACCAUCUACCCCAUUGAUAGAAGGACUGGCAAGCAAUUCAUGUGCAUGAUCAUGGCAGCUUCAGAACCCAGGACUCUUGAUUGGGUUGCCAGUCCAAACCUUUUGGAUGACCUCAUGUGAGAUUGGUUUUCAGAAAUAACACACUUCAAUGACUUUUGGCUCCUAGUUUUGUAGUUUACGUUAUCUUUUGUAUCAGGAGCCAUCUUAUGAUACAGCUUUUUUCGAUAAAAUAUAAAACUGUGGGUAUCAGCCGUAAUGAGUUGAUUAAAGCAUAGGUAGAGGACAUUGAACUUCAAAAACAUUCAGAAGGCAUGCAGUAAGAUACAAAUCGUGGCACUGAGAGAACUGUGACAUCUCUCAUGCACCAAAGGCCACAACCACAUAAACUAGUGGCUUUUUAUAUAUAUAUAUAUAUAUAGAAUUACGGAAUAGUUUAUUUUAUAGUAAGAUGAUAUGGUAGUUUGCUAUUUAAUACUAUAUACAGUGUCGGACUGGCUAAAAAACCUACCAGAGGAUCCUUUAGUGGACCUUGGAUAUAUAAAUGGGCCCCUACAAUGCAUUUGACACUAGGAAAAUAUUUUUUAAAAGUGUAAUUUAUUGCUUUUCAAACAAGUGGGUGAUGAAUAAAUGCAUUAAUAAUUAACUAAAUAACUAAUUUAGAUUAGUGUGUAUUUAUGUGUAUUUAUGGUUUUAAAUAUCUAUAUUGCAAAAAUAUUUUUAUUUUAAGGUUGGUCCUUGGUGGGCAAUGUAUACCCCAGUCCGACACUACAUAUACAGGGUGGUCAAAGUUAAAAGACCCUUUAUACCUUUACAUUAAAUGCUUCUUUGGGUUAUAUUGCCAUCUUUAAAACGUCACUCUGUCUUCCCUGGGGAAGGUCAAAUGCUAGGAGCUAGGGAAUCCUACUGAACUGCUAGGCACUCCCCUUUGUAAGCCACCAUUGCCCUUGUUUUAGUCAACAUCUUCAACAGUACCUUGACAUAAUUGCUUUAAAACUGAAGCUACAUUUCCUAGUUCUACAAACUGUGGGCACAAUGUAUAACCUUGAGUAGAAGGUGACCCUUUACGUGGGUCAUGGUUCUGAUAUUAAGAUUAGAGGUGAUAAUUUCAUUGGUGCCUUGUUUAGGGCAAGGAUUUUGGAAAUGGACUGUAUUUUCCAUAAAGAAACUUGUGGGCUAGUCCUAGAACAGAAGCAUUAAAGGGGGUGACACCAAGCCUCAAAAUAUGCAAGUUUCCCAUUAUCUUAUUCUGUUCAUUGAUUUCCAAGUUUAGCAUCAAAGCUGUAGAGGGAAUGGGGUGCAGGGAAUGCUGAGAGGGGUCAACAGGCUUAGUGCAUGGGGGUCAAACUCAAUUUCAUUUUGGGCCGCAUCAGCAGUAUGGUUGUCCUUGAAGGGUCAGUUGUAUCUGCGUUUAGGAGUGCAUUAUGUACAGAGUGUAGGGUUCAGGAGUGCGUUACCUACAGAGUGCAGUUCCAGGGGUGCCCUAUGCACAGAGUGCAGGGUUCAGUGGUGUGAUAUGUAGAGAGUGCAGGGUUUUGGAGUGCGUUAGUACCUCCCUGCCUCCCUCCCCGGUGAGAGCCAGAGGCGGUGAAAUGGAGUUCCGCCAUGUUCCUGCUGCAAAACUGGGUGUGAGGGCUGCAUUCAACCCACUGGGCUUGUGUUUGACAUAUGUGGCUUAGUGCAUUCUAGAAAAGCAUAUUUUUUCUCUUGUUUGCUGAUCUGUUCAGCUGAAAAGUCAGACUGCAUGCUGACCUCGCAUGCUGCAUUCUAGCUGCAUUUUACCAAAAUAAUUACUUGACAAAAGGGGCAGAGCAUCAAUAAAGGACAGUACCAUUCAGGUGUUCCAAGAGUACCAGUAAAUAGGGCUCUAUACUGGACUGGAUUUCCUGGCUCCCUAGACUUGAGCUGUUCCCAGGGAUGCAGGGUAGGUCUUUUAAGAUGGCAUAUUCCAGGGAGAUUUUAUCUAGGGAUAGAGUGGUCUUUUUAAAAUGAUGAUAUUCAAGGGGGUGUAUAUUUAGCUUUAACUGAAGUGUCAUAGCAUAAUUUAAAGCGAUAAAGUCAUGCCCACAUUGACUGCUUCCUUAAAAUGUUUUGUCCACAAACCAUUUUUACUUACUCAAUCGGAAGCACCUCUACUAUAGUAAUACAUAGAAGUAGAGGAGGUAUGUGCCAGUGGUGGUUUUCCAGAGACAAAAAUGGCUCACCUGUCAUUCAGCACCUCAAAACAUUGGUGUGACACCAAUCUACCACAUUAUUUCCCCUUACAGAAACCAUAUAUACGAAAAAGGUGAUUUGUAGUUUGGGAAGAAGGACAUUAUUGGAAAGUGCGAAUGGGCACAUAAGCCAACUUUCUUAAAAAAACACUAUAAUAAUAAUCAUAAUAUAAAAAUGGCAAUGUUUCCUUUCCCUACCAAUCUCCCUGGCCACAUAUUUUAUCUAAUGCCUUGUACACACGAUCGGAAUUUCCGUCGGGAUAAACUCUGACCGAUUUUUCUGACGGAAUUUCGUUCA